CAACAAAAACACUUUUACAUUGUUACAGAUCUGAGGAUUGUGUUGCUGGGUAAAACUGGAUCGGGAAAGAGCGCAGCAGGAAACACCAUCCUGGGUAGAGAAGCGUUUACAGCUAAAGACUCUCUGAUGUCGGCUUCAAUGACCUGUGAGAAUCAAGAAGCAAUUGUGAAUGGACAAACCAUAUCAGUUACUGACUGUCCCGGCCUGUUUGACACUUCAGUCAGCCAUAAAACCCUUAAGAUUUUAAUAGAGGAGUGUAUCUACCUGUCUGCUCCUGGCCCUCAUGUGCUCCUGCUGGUUUUAAGACUGGGAGUGAAAUUCACAGAGGAGGAGAAAAAUGUUGUAAAAUGGAUUGAGGAGAACCUUGGAAAAGAUGCUGUAAAGUACACUAUUGUGCUGUUCACUCACGCUGAUGUCCUAAAGGGUAAACCUGUAGAGCAAUACAUCAGCAAAAGCAAAGAUCUACAGCAACUAAUUCAGAAGUGUUAUGGCAGAUAUCACGCAUUCAACAAUGAGAACAGAGAUAAUCAAGAUCAGGUCACAGAACUGCUGAAAAUGAUAGAAAAAAUGGUCAGUUUUAAUGGAGGGAAGCACUACACUAAUGCCAUGUAUAAAGCAGCUCAAGAGAAGAUUAGGAAGGAGCAGAUGCUAACAGAAGCUGGAAAGAGAGGACUAGCAGUAGCGGGAGAAGCAGUGGCAGGAGUUGUAGCUGCAGGGGCCAAAGGAGGCGCAGCUGCGUUUUCUGCAGUGGAAGCAGCAGCCGAAGCAGCAAAGAAGUAUUUAGAGGACUAG